CGAAAUAGGCUUAGUGUGUUAUGAAGUUACUGAGUUAAUAUUAUGUUGAUGAGGCAAUUUAUGUUGGCGGGACAAUUUAUGACAUUGGCAUUCACACAUCUCUACGACAAUCAACUAACGGAAGCUUGUAGUUCGGCGUUUCAAAAAGCUGCUUCUUCUGCGGACUCAAUGUAAGAUAAUAUGAGAACGGUUUAUGGUUUUCUUCGCUAAUAGCAUCACAGUGUCACGAAUGUAUACAGGAGACUUAAUUGCGAUGCAAAAUAUGUAACGGAGAACAUUGCACGAUCCAUAAUGAGAGAUCUAGUUUAACCACAGCAGGUCGCCAAAUCAAUGGUUGUAGAUGUUAAUACUGACACGUAACUAGUGCGAUUGUACGAGAGAGAAGUUCACGCCGACAUGAAAACAAGUUUCAAUGCUAACAAUCAUGUUCAGGGUGCUCCCACAGUGGUAGACGAACGAGGGAAUUAUAUUAAUUCAUUCUCGCAUGUCACACAAUUCAAUACAAAUACGGGUAUGAUUUCCCCUGACUAUGUGCGAUUACCAUUGAUCAUUGACCGUCGAUGGCCCAUCCCUACUCUCCAUGACGAUUAAAUAUUCGGCAUCAAUCUUUGGAAUUAACCUAUCGGUGUGGGUUAUGUGGGAGUGUUGGAUUCUGGAUAGCUCCCCAAGACAUCCCCAUGGAAUUUGAUGGAUGUCGUGGCCGGAAUCAGUACGGAGUUUUUCACUUGUCCAUGUGUGGAUUGAAAACGGUUGAUACUCGGAGUGGAACUAUCAUACUCUUUGUGGAAAUUCUCUCCAUUUCAAUUUCCAAGAUAUCAUUGAAUAGGUUUCGCCCAUGU